AAUAUGCCCAUUCCCUAUACAUAACAACAAAGUCCCAAGCAAUCAUCUUCAUACAUUUACCAAUCAAUUGAUACGUAAAUAUCACGAAAAUGGUAGCCGCAGGUACAAUUUCACGCGUACAGAGAAUGGUUGAUCGCGUUGUGAGUCCGGAAACGAGAUCAAGGUUCUACGGGAAUGUUUCUGAGUUCUUUCAGGAUCAACCGCUUAUUGCUGUAUGUAUCUCUCUUUAUCUUUCUCAUGAAUGGAGUACCUGUUCCAUCGGCAGGUAUUCGUGCUGUUUGUGUUUGAUUGCGGUGGAUUUUCCGGAUGAAUUCACUCAUCUGUCCUCUUCAUUCGUUUGUAUACUACGUACAAUUACCUCUUAUCUCUAUCUUUACUCAUACCCAUACUACUAAUCCCACUCUCACCACCUAAUCUCCUCAUAACUAACUAAGCCAUGCAGACAUUCCUCCUCGCCAUCCCCUCCUCCUCUUCACAACCUUCACCCUCUCCAUCCUCGCCUUCUCCUUCAUAUCCGCCAUCCUCUUCUCCCUUUUCUGGAUCGGAAUCGCUACUCUCCUCCUCGUCCCAACCCUCUUCGUUACUUGUGGUUUGGGUAUUAUUAUAUGGGUAUGGGCUAUUAGCUCAUGGGUUGUGGCAAGAUGGCUAUAUGGAUUUGUGCCGGCCACUCAGGGGAAGGGAGAACUUAGAUUUCAAGAUGGGAAGAAGAUAGUGGUGAAGAAAGAGGAGGGAGAGUUUCCCCAAGGAGAAGUUAGGAAUGGGGUUUGACUACAUAGAGUGAUGCAGGGGUGAGAAAUUGGAGAGAGAAUUAAGGUGGAAGGGUGGUAAAUAUGGGAUUGGUUGCGUUUGGAGUAUAUUGAUUGGGGGAAUUACCAAUUUAUGUUAUGGGAUUGAUGGGCAAGGUGAAGUGGGUAUAAAAAAUGGGAUACUAGGAAUGCUCGCGGAUUAAAGCGGAAUAAGGGAAUCCCUUCAGCGUCGUUGAUUUCUUAUGAAUUUUUUUAUAUUUAUCGGUAUCAAUGACUCUCUUUUCACUCC